AUGAUGCCCGGAUGGCCUUCAAUCAGACUUCUUUCUAGGACCUUCACCAUUCCCUUCGAAUUAAUGCGCGUUCCGCCACCGACCUUAGUUCAGAGAAACUUGGCUCCAGAUAAGGUGAGGCUCUACGCUAGGGCUAGUGAAAGCUCUCUGCCGGACAAUGGAUGCUUCGGUUUUAGUUGCGGAAACCAGUGGAUCUGGGGAAGAUGGAUCCUUCUUGUGUUUUUCCUCUGCUUUCUCGCCGUCCUUGCCUUCACUGCAAUCAAGUUGAAUGGCAAGAGAACCAAUAGAGGCCAACGACCUAUACCAGGCACGGCCUGGUUUACACCCCCAACAUAUCGUCAAUCUGAGAGACAGUUUCGAGGCUCGACACAAGACUACGUACCUCCCUACACAGAAACUGCAAACGACAACGACCUAGGGUACUACGAUAAUCAAGGAGUUUUCCAUUUUAACAACAAGGCUGAAGAGGGUCCUCCGCCUCCGGUCGAUGAUGCGACGAGCUUCAACGCAAGUGAUCUUCAGUAUCCGCCCCGCGCAACCACGAGGAUAGGCCAAGACACGCCCUGCCAGGCUGUUGACAAUGUUCGAGAUUUUAAUGAAUAUUACUAUGGAGCUCCACCUGUUGCUCCUCACAACGGGCCUACGGAAACCACAAUUACUCACGGUAGCUCCAGCAUUGCUCAAGAAUCAACCGAAUAUCAUGAGAUGGUUCCCGUAUCUGAAAGGGCAGCGCCUCGGCACUAG